AUAGAAUACGGCAUAUUGGCAUAUGGCAUUUUGGCACUUGAUUUUCUUUGGAUUUUCGCCAUUCGAUUCGCAGUCUUGGGUGGGCGGCGGGGCCUUGGGCGGCGGCUAAUAACUUAUACGGCCUUGGCGGCUAGCUAAUGCCCUUGGGCUAAUGGAGGUGUCGUGUGUUUAGUUCCAGGCCGCACCAUCCAAUGCCCUGUAUACCGCACCAUCCUGAAAAAUACGAUUUUUAAUUGUUGAUGGUAGCAUAAAAUAAUGGCUUUCACAGUGAAGGGAAAGCAUGGCCCAUUGGUGGGUGCUCUUGAUCAGGGCACGAGCAGCACACGCUUUCUGGUGUUCACGGCCAACUCUGCGCAGCUGCUGACGUACCACCAGGUGGAGGUGCAGCUGACGUUUCCUCACGAGGGCUGGGUGGAGGCCGACCCGGACGAGCUGCUCUCCUCGUCGCUGCUCUGUAUCGAGAAGACGGUGGAGAACCUGCGCGCUCUGGAGGUGGACGAGGCGGACAUCGCCGCCAUCGGUAUCACCAACCAGCGCGAGACGACUGUGGUGUGGGACCGCACCACGGGCCGGCCGCUGCACGCCGCCAUCGUCUGGCUGGACGGCAGGACCACGCAGACCGUUCAGUCACUGCUGAGCAAGUGUCCGGACCGAGACAAGGACUCUCUGAAGGAGCUGUGCGGCCUGCCGAUCACCUCCUACUUCAGCGCCGUCAAGCUGCGCUGGCUGCUGGACAAUGUGCCGGCCGUGGCCGAGGCGCUGAGCGCCGGCACGCUCAUGUUCGGCACCGUCGACACGUGGCUCGUCUGGAACCUGACGGGCGGUGUGAACGGCGGCCUGCACAUCACCGACGUCACUAACGCCUCGCGUACCAUGCUCAUGAACCUGGAGACGCUCCAGUGGGACGACUACCUGUGCAGGUUCUUUGACAUCCCGCGAUCGGUGCUUCCGGAGAUCAGGAGCUCAUCGGAGGUGUACGGACACCUCGUCUCGGGCGCGCUCAAAGGCGUGCCCAUCGCAGGAAUCCUGGGUGACCAGCAGGCGGCGCUGGUGGGACAGGCCUGUCUGCAGCAGGGAAUGGCCAAAAACACGUACGGCACCGGCUGCUUCCUCCUCUACAACACCGGCUGCAAGAUCGUCCAGUCGACGCACGGCCUUCUGACCACGGUCGGCUACCAGCUGGGGCCGCGCGCGCCCGUCACAUACGCCCUGGAGGGGUCGGUAGCGAUCGCCGGCGCGGCUAUCAGGUGGCUGCGGGACAACCUGGGUCUCAUCUCUGACUACUCGGAGGUGGAGACGCUGUCCCGGAAGGUGUGCGACACGGGCGGAGUCUACUUUGUGCCGGCCUUCACGGGCCUGUUUGCGCCUCACUGGGACGCCACGGCGCGCGGGACCAUCUGCGGGUUAACUCAGUUCAGCACCAAGGAGCAUAUCUGCCGGGCGGCGCUGGAGGCCAUCAGCUUCCAGACCCGUGAGAUCCUGGACGCCAUGAACCGCGACUCGGGUCUGCCGCUGCGGCGACUUCAGGUGGACGGCGGUGGCACCGCCAACGGGCUGCUGAUGCAGCUGCAGGCAGACCUGCUCGGCAUUACUGUCGUCCGUCCCACGAUGCCGGAGACGACCGCCCUGGGCGCGGCGAUGGCGGCCGGCGCCGCCGACGGAGUCUCUGUAUGGAGUCUGAGCUCGGACGAGCUGAGCCAUGGCGCCAGCGACACCUUCCAGCCGCAGAUCGGCGACGACGAGCGGGACCUGCGGUUCGACCGCUGGCAGGAGGCGGUGCGCCGCAGUCGCGGCUGGGAGCCAGAGACCGAGCCGGCCAAGCUGCCAGACGCGCGCCACCGGCUCCUGUCGUCGCUGCCGCCCGUCUGGUUCGCCGUCUCGUCGAUCCUGCUGCUGCUGCUGGCCAGGGAGCUCAGAUGACGUCACACUGCAGCUAGCUGCCGUCCUACAAGUCACUGACGCCACUGCCCCGAGCUGUUCAAAGGUCCACUGACGUCGCUCGGACUGUGCCUUUAGUCUGGCCUCAGCAGACGUCGCCUACGGCUCCGCCUCGAGCAUCGAACGCCGCUGAUGUGAUAUCCCUCGAAUGGCUGUCUCGUCCACAUGUGAGUGCUAGUCGCCCGUCGAACUCAUGUGGCUACCCGGUGUCAGUGGGCCACGGAGGGCGUUUUCGCCCGCGAUAUACGAUCGUCAGGGGACUUAUUGAGCGCAGCUGCGAGGGACUGCGGGUGGGCGGAGGGACCGCCGGACUGCCUGACGGUACGUAUACCGCGCCCGUCGGACCCGCGUACCCGGUCUGGGGACGGGAUUUUGAUGCAGUUUGUGUAGUGCUGGCUGAUAUAGUUUCUAGUCUGUGUAGUCUGUUCCAAGUGCCGGCCGGUCGCACCGGCACCGGCUCUUCCUGAGUAUUGUCUUUAUUGGGCCAGUGAUGCAUCCGAUUGCUCGGCCAGAGAAAGUGAUUCGAAUAUCGUCUUUGGCCGUUGGUGUGUCACCGAACGGACAGCCACGCACGGAGGCUUCGCUUAUGACGACCUAGAAUGUGCAUUGUGCAAUAAUCCUAUGUCAGUUGCUCAAUCUGUUCCAUUAGAGCUUGACAUGAUGAUGAUGGGCAGGUGACACGGUGAUCUUGCGUGACGUGACUAUCGUGAGUGAAACAUUAGUUGAGAAUAAAUAAAGUACGCAGUGAUCGCAGUGGUGAAUAAAACGAGAAUCGGGAGUGUGCGGCUAGAAGGAUGUGUCAUCGGAGAGUAAACGGGAGUUUGAACCCUCCUCUCGGGGCCUCAGCAAGUUUGCAAGCGCAUCGGACGACUAGCCUCACUCAUGCCUCCGGCCAGUUUCGUCAGUUUUUGAACCAGGUCGUCAAUAUACUAGACUAUAUAUAAC